AUGUCCUCAGUAACCACAACAAUACUACAAUCUUCGCCUGCCGCACCAAUCCCAAUCACAUCUUUCACCAAGACAUGCCACAAAUGUGGAGCUGACCUGUCUCAUUCACAUCCUCCAAUCGCAGAAGAUGCACAAAGAAGGAUUGCAGAGCUCGAGACACAGGUCAAGCUAUUGACUGGCAAAGCAACGGCUGCAGUCGACAAACUCGCAGACUACGAAGAUGAGCUUCGCCAGCUCAAAUCAUCCAAUAAACCCACCUCCGACCCCAAUACAAAUGCCCAACCUCCAUCCCGGCCCACUUCAGCGGCUGGGGCCCAGCGCAACCAUCUCCAGUCUCGAAUUUCUCAUCUCCUCCCUUCCAAUCGACGUGCCACCUCACAGCCACCGUCAUCCACCCCAGCAGACCAGACAAGCCACACAAACAACCGAGAGAAUGCAGAGCUCUUAACUAUGCUUACACGGGAACAGUCGCUGCGACAAGCGGCCGAAUCAAGAGUUAGUCAGACAAAUGAGGAGCUGGAGGAGCUAUCGGCACAGCUGUUUACGGAGGCCAAUGAGAUGGUGGCUACAGAGAGGAAAGCGAGGGCGAAGUUGGAGGAGAGGGUGGCUGUCUUGGAGGGAAGAGAUAAGGAGAAGAGGACGAGGUUGGAGGUACUGGAGAGUAGGCUUGGGAGGAUUGAAAGGGUGAGGGAGAUGUUGAAGUAA